AUGCAUGGCCUUCUUAUCUCGACUGGCUUUGUUGGCAGCUCUUCUCAGUCUGCCCGCUGGGCCGAGGCCCAGUACGCCAGCGCUGGCUCACUCUUCUAUUCAGGUCGUAAGACCUACUUUAGACUACACGCGUGCAGUCGGCAUUUGCUGUCGGUGCUCUCACGCACUGGCCGCUUAUCCACCGCCUCUUUUACCCUCCUUGUACGUCUCCUGCUGCGCCCGCCCACGCUGUUCGUCCAGGGCUUGUCCUCACACUUUCGCGUGUCCUUAACUUAG